AUGAAGAGAGAAAACAACCUCGUUCUCAUCUUAGUCUUCUUUAUCAUCAUCUUACUGAUGCAAGUCGGAAAAGCACAGAAUACAGCAACCGAUGUUAAAGUGGGAAUCGUAACCGAUGUUGGAAUGGUAUACUCCAAAAUGACUUUGCUCUGUAUCAACAUGUCUCUCUCUGAUUUCUACUCUUCUCAUCCUGAAACCGAGACAAGGCUUGUACCCACCAUUGUCGACUCCAAAAACGACGUUGUUAUUGCAGCAGCAGUAGCUAAGGAAAUUGGUAUGAUGAAGCAAGGAUAUGUCUGGAUCCUAACCAAUGCGAUUACCGAUGAUCUGAGUAUAAUGAACGAGACAGAAAUUGAUACAAUCCAAGGGGUAGUAGGUGUAAAGACCUAUGUCCCGAGAUCCGAAGAGCUUGACACAUUUAGAUCUCGAUGGAAGAAGAGAUUCCCGAUUUCUGACCUGAGCGUGAAUGGAUUGUGGGCUUAUGAUGCCACCACUGCACUGGCCCUGGCCAUUGAAGAAGCUGGGACAUCAAAUUUGACUACAGUCAAGACAGUUGCCAUGAGGAACAUGUCUGAACUUCAAGGUCUAGGUGUAUCUCAAUAUGGUCCAAAACUUCUCCAGGCACUCACUAGAGUUCGGUUCAAAGGUCUUGUUGGUGAUUUCCAAUUUAUCAAAGGAGAACUGCAACCGUCAGUGUUUGAGAUUGUUAAUGUGAAUGGGCACGGUGGAAGGACCAUAGGAUUCUGGGUGGAAGAACAUGGUCUCUUGAAGAACGUGGAAAAAAAACCAGCUACCACGGCCACUUUCUCUUCUUGGCAAGAUCGACUCAGACCAAUUAUAUGGCCUGGAGACACUACUUCCGUAACCAAAGGAUGGGAGAUCCCAACAAAUGGUAAAAGGCUGCAGAUUGGAGUCACUGUUGGUGCACUUUUCCCACAAUUUGUGAAGGUUACAAGAAAUCAUAUCACCAAUUCAACAACUUUUAGUGGAUUCUGCAUCGACUACUUUGAGGCUGUAAUUCAAGCGAUGCCCUAUGAUGUUUCAUAUGACUUCAUUCCUUUAGAAGAUGAUGAUUAUGAUACCUUAAUCUACCAGGUGUAUCUCGGGAAAUAUGAUGCUGUGGUGGGAGAUACAACAAUAGGGGCAAAUAGGUCAAUGUAUGUUGAUUUCUCAUUGCCAUACACACCAUCGGGCGUAGGUCUGGUUGUCCCUGUGAAAGACAGUGUUAAAAGAGGCAGUACCAUCUUUUUGAUGCCUUUGACAUUGGAACUUUGGCUAAUCAGCCUAUUGUCCUUCUUAAUUAUUGGCCUUGUCGUAUGGGUUCUUGAACAUAGGGUAAAUCCAAACUUUGAUGGGCCUGGCAAGUAUCAUCUCAGCACUAUCUUCUGGUUUUCUUUCUCCAUUAUGGUCUUUGCUCCGAGAGAAAGAGUGCUUAGCUUCUGGGCAAGGCUCGUGGUUAUCAUUUGGUACUUCUUAGUACUUGUGUUGACUCAGAGUUACACCGCUAGUUUGGCAUCGCUUCUUACAUCACAACAGCUUCAUCCAACAAUAACUAACAUAAAUAGCUUGCUGGCAAAAGGAGAAGCUGUGGGAUAUCAACGCAGUUCCUUCAUUUUGGGAAGACUCAAAGAAUCAGGUUUCUCAGAGGGGAGUCUUGUACCCUUUGGGUCUGUAGAAAACUGUGAUGAGCUACUGAGCAAAGAACCAGCAGAGGGUGGUAUUUCUGCAGCUUUCUUGGAAAUACCUUACGUGAGACUUUUCCUUGGACAAUACUGUAACACGUAUAAAAUGGUUCAAACACCAUUCAAGGUCGAUGGAUUCGGCUUCGUCUUUCCCCUCGGAUCCCCUCUAGUGGCUGAUGUAUCAAGGGCUAUUCUAAAAGUGGAAGAGUCGAACAAGGCAACCCAACUCGAGAAUGCAUGGUUCAAGCCAAUAGAAGAAAGUUGCCCAGAUCCACUCACCAACCCUGAUCCAAAUCCCUCUGUAUCCUUCCGCUAA